UGUACAUGGAGAUCGGAGAAUCUUGCAGUUCCUCAGCUUCGUCCUAACUGGAUCCUGAAGAUAUUGGAGCACGAUUAAUGAUCAUUUUGUUGGGGAUUUUUUUCCUCUCUCUGUCUCGUCUGUGUUUCUGCUUAUGUGUGUGAGAGAGACAGAGACCAAGGCUGAACCUUGUUUUUUCCCAAAUCUAUCUGAAGAGGAACCUUUACUUUUUGUUGCUCGUUUUGUUUUUGUGCGCUGUGUAUAUCUUAAUGCUUCUUGGUACUGGAGCCAUCACUAUUUUUGUUUUGGUCAAAAGAAGACUUUAUUUCUCCCCCUCCAAAGUGACAGUUAUUCAAUGCCAAGCAAACCAGCCGGAGAGUAGCUGCACAAUGGAGGAAGUUGACUGUAAGUAAAGCACCGCGAUAUUUAAAAGCCUAAAACAUCCUUCACUUGCAACUUGUUUGUUUGGGCAUUAUCGAGCCAAAAGGAGAACAAAACAGAACCAAAAAAAAGGUGAAAUAUCUAAACAGAUACUUGCAAAAUAUUUUACACACUUUUGUGUGUGUGUGUGUGUGUGUGUUUCUGUGUGCGUGUCUUUCUCUCAAUUUUUUUUCCUACAAAUUGUGGAGAGGGAGAGAGAAAGAGAAAGGACUGGGGGAAGUCGCCUGAGACACGGAAGAUGAGUUUAGUUGGAGGAUUCCCUCAUCAUCCAGUGGUACACGAUGGUUAUCCUUUCGCCGCAGCAGCCGCCGCUGCAGCCGCUAGCCGCUGUCACGAAGAGAGCCCGUACUUCCACGGCUGGCUCAUCAGCCACGCCGAAAUGUCUCCCCCCGACUACACAAUGGCGCCGUCCUACAGCCCCGAGUAUGCCAACGGCGGCGCGGGGCUCGACCACUCGUCGUACGGGGGGGUCUCGGCGGCGGCGGCUGCGGCGGCGGUGGUGGGAGGCCGGCCGACGAAGCGCAGGGGAACGGCGAACCGCAAGGAGAGGCGCAGGACUCAGAGCAUCAACAGCGCCUUCGCCGAGCUCCGUGAGUGUAUUCCCAACGUGCCGGCCGACACCAAACUCUCCAAGAUCAAGACCCUGCGCUUGGCCACGAGCUACAUUGCCUACCUCAUGGACCUCUUGGCUAAAGAUGACCAGAAUGGGGAGACAGAGGCCUUCAAAGCGGAAAUCAAGAAGGUGGAUGUAAAGGAGGAGAAAAGGAAGCGGGAACUGAAUGAGGUUCUGAAGAAUACAGUAAGCAGCAGUGACAAAAAGACGAAAGGAAGAACCGGCUGGCCACAACACGUCUGGGCUCUGGAGCUCAAACAGUGAAAGUUUGAACGUGAACUUUCGAAGAUGGGGGUAGACGAGACUUUCCAAAGUUGUUUCUUCCCCUGCCACACCACCCCAAAAGAAAAAGAAAACAAGCCCCUUCGCCCAAACUUUCGCAAGUCGACAGGAGCUCUCUAUUGUUCCGAAUCAACUCUUUAUUUAUGUGCAAUUUAUCCCAACCCAGAGAGAGCGGGAGAGAACGGAUCGGUGGAUGAGGGGAAAAAAAUUCACAUUCGGAACAGAAAAGCCGAGUGGGUAAGGGGUUGUAUUGUUUCAUAGUAGAUGUGAAUGGUUUGCUUUUCUUUUUUUAAGUGUUGAAAAAUAUAGCACGCACAGACACACACAAUCUUGAUAAGAAUUAUGUAUGUGAAGUGUAUCGUUGGGAGUGUCUUGUACAUCUUUGUUGGAUAUACAUAUUCAAGGUCGUUUUCCCCCACCCCUAACGUAAUAUUGGAACGAAGAGUAGGAGUGCCAAAGUGCAGUUUGCUCAUAUUAGUGUACAGUACAUAGUAUUGUGUUGUGGUCAGACGGUAUUUCAUUCCAUAAUUUCCCAGUAAUUGUUUGACUUGUGCACUUCCGUUCAACAAGUGGAGAUUAAUAUUCGAGAUGUAAACGUUGUAAUUAUUGUCAAUAAAA